ACACAUACACUUUCUCUCUCUUCACAAAACCAUCCUUUCUCGCCCUUUUCUUGCCAUAUCCUCAAAGACCACCACUUUCAACCCAUCAAAACCCUCUUAAUUCCUUCUCUGUCUCCCUCUAUCUUGAACAUACCCACCAAAGAAUUUUAAGAAUUGCAUGUGUUUUAGAGUGCAAAAAGCCACAAAUUACUGAACUUGAGUCCUAAUCAAUGGCUCUCUUUGGUCCCCUCUUGCUGUUUUUUUGGGCUAACUAACUCUAUAUCUCCAGCGUCUUUUGGUCUAGAAAUGGAGAACUAUCAAGGAGACUUGACCGAUAUCCUCCGCGCAAGCGGCGGUAUUGGUGGAAAAUCAGUAUCUGAAACAGCUGCAGCAGUUCCCUCUGUGUCCAACUGGGAAUUCUCUCCAUCUGAAUAUUCCAUCAUGGAUCAGACGGUAGCAAGUACUACUACUCCCUUUGGCGAUCCCUUCUCUAACAUGCAAGAUCCACUUCUUCUUCACCACCUCAACAACAAUAUCCCUGGUUCAUGCUUUUUUAUCAGCAGCCCCAACUCAUCUCUUGAUAAUACUAGUACUAGUAAUACUGUUGUUGUUGCUGAUCAUCAUCAUCAAAAAGGUUUUGAUCAUGAGGAGAUGAUGAAGAGUCCUUGCAACAUAUUUUCUCGGAUUCAGAUCUCACAAACUACUAGUCCUCCUGCUAAACUACCUGUCUCGCCGUCCGAUCUUUCUCCGGUUGUGGUCUCGAAUGGCAUGAUUAAUGCUAACAUCUCAAAGGAUUGCUUAAUUGAGAACACGGUCACACCUGUGCAGAUCUCAUCUCCAAGGAAUCUGGGUAUCAAGAGAAGGAAAAGCCAAGCGAAGAAGGUGGUUUGUAUUCCAGCACCAGCAGCUCCAAAUGGCAGACAAAGUGGAGAAGUAGUUCCUUCUGAUCUUUGGGCAUGGAGAAAAUAUGGACAGAAACCCAUUAAGGGCUCUCCUUAUCCAAGGGGGUACUAUAGAUGCAGCAGCUCAAAGGGUUGUUCAGCAAGAAAACAAGUCGAGCGGAGUCGAACCAAUCCCAACAUGUUGGUAAUCACUUACACUUCUGAGCACAACCAUCCAUGGCCAACACAAAGAAAUGCACUUGCAGGGUCAACAAGGUCUCAACCACCAAAAACCAACACUACUACUUCUACUACUAAUUCUUCAAAGACUAGUAGUAGUACUAGUACUUCUCAUCAAGCCCAAGCAAAAGAAGAGCAGAAAGAAAGCAGCAGCAAUGACAAUUCAGCUUCUUUGUCACCAAUCAUGCCUUCCUCCACCUCAAAUUCUGUCAAAGAAGAGAACAUUGAAGAGUUUGAUCAUAAGAACUUGGAAAAUAUAGAUGAUGUUGAUGAUCAAUUCAGCGAUGGGUUUCAAAACUUCUUUGCUGAAUUGGGAGAAUUAGAGGCUGACCCACUAAGUCUCUUGUUCACUACACAAGGAAAGGAAAGCAAGGGCAUGGAUCCAUUCACUCUCUUUGAUUGGUCAUCAGGAGACAAUAAUACACAAUUUGACAACAAAUAGAAAAGAGAGAGAGAGAGUGAAAGAAAAAAAAGAGCUAGAGACACUACUACAGGCGGUGGUUGAUUGGGAGCAGAAGCAAUGAGUCCCACAUUCCUUUUGGGAAUAUUGGGCGGAUGGGACAGAAAGCUGAGGAACAGAAGGUUUCAAUAGUGAAAACAAGUACAUUACCUAUCAUCCAUGACUAGAAAGCAGCUCUGUGUAGCAUUGCAUUACAGAGAGAGAGUGUGGCCAUGGGACUUGAUUUAUUGAUGAAGAUGGGACUUGCCCUAUACUACUCAUCUUUUCCAAGUGGGAUAAAUUAUUAUCCAACCCAGCCCAUACCUUUUCAGCUAUGUUAAUCACAAACCCAUUUGCCCUUUUCAUUAGAAAUGAUAGGAUUAUUCACACAAAGAUAAAAAAUAUUUGGCAAAAACAAGUCUUUAUGGGUUUAUACUUUGCGUUCCUCAGCUUUCUGUUUCUUUGAUUGUAUCCAUCUAAUUUGUAUUAAUUUGUUAAGUAAAGUAGUAGAGGGUGCAUGUAUGGUUGUGUACUUGUGUAUGUUAGAAUAUUACAAAUUUUCUAUCUUGUUUUUAUCAAUUAUUAAUUUAUUA